AUGCCAAACCAAACCAACCCUUCCCAAUUCGACCCUCCAGACUUCUUACUCAAUGCCAUCAAUUUGGAGGUCAAAUGCGCCAGGCAAACCUACCUCUUCCUCCGUGACGUCUUCGGUCAAGCCGUCUCCACAGCACCUUCGAGCGAACAGCAGAUACCUUGCCAAGUCUCGCCCGACGGCAAGCAGGCCAUCUUCCAGAUGGCGAACAUGAAACUUCACUUCAACACCGCCACAUCCGCCGAACACGCGGUUGAAGGGCGCAGCGUUAGCAUCAACGUCCUUGUCAACGAUGUCAACAACGUCAGGCGGGUGCUCGCCCGGGAGGGAGUCGAGUACAAGACUGGAAUAUGGGAAGAGGGACCCGGGCGUCCAAAGUGGCUGACGUUCGUGGACCUGGAUGGAUACAAUUGGAGUGUUGGAGAUCUCGUAAAACUAUGA